AUGGACUCUGCCCAGGAGAUGCGCCGCGCCACGGAGAUGAUCGGGAGGCUUGCGUCCGAGCUCCAGGGCCAGCAGACCGAACUCGAGAUCAUGACUCACAAGGUGCGGAUGAAGCAGGAGAUGAUGCUCGAGAUCAUUGACGACAUCGCCGCGGUCGCCGAGAACGACCCUGGAAAUCUGAUGGUCGAGCUCAGGGAGUGGAGGACUGCCAUCGUCGAGUCCGACUUGAUCACCGGUGUCAAUGAUCGCUCCCACGAGGUCGAGAGUUUGCUGGACAUGACGAGUGAGCUGAAUGAUCGAUGA